AAAUGUAAAUGUACAUAUAUAUAAAAUAUUAAAUGUGAAAGUGAAUUAUUGCGUGUGCCGAGAAAAAAAAACAAAACCGUUGUACAAAGAUUAAGUGCAAAUAGUUCAACAAAAAAUGAAACGCAGCCAAGGUGACAACGCACAACUGGUGCUUGUUACAUAAAAACCAGCCUCGCCCACUUCGUCAUAAUUAACAUAAUAAUCAACGUGGUCAUCGACAUCAUCAUCUUUGAGUAAGUGCCAGAAGCAGCAGUAGCAGCAUCAGCAUCGCAAGCAUCAGCCGCCAAAAACACGAAGUGAAGCAUCUAUAACAAAAGAAGCCCAACUAAGGGGCAGGGGGAGUGGAAAAGUCAGCGUCAUGAGCGUCUUCGAUGAUUUCCAACGUUUGUGGAUGCAACGAUUCCCACAGAGCACACUCUCGGAUGCCUGGGAACAGGAUGUACGCGCCUCCCUUGAGCGGCAUCGUCUCAAGAUCGCCGAACUGAGCAAGGAGCUCGAACAGGAGACGCUUUAUGUGGAGUAUCUGGAACGGUUGCUCUCCGAUGUAGAAAAGUAUCGCGCCUCAGGCGGAGAUCCAACGGCGCUAUUCGAGGCGGCCAGCGGGAGUGAGAGUAGUAGUAAUGGCGCAACCACAUCUGCAGCUGCCGUGGAAAAAGAGUUCAAAUCUAGCUUAAAUCUGCGCGAGUCAUCGUCGUUGGCGGUGGCUGGGAGCAAAGACAAGGAUCGGCUCUCGCUCAACACAGAUAACAAAUACACUCACACAUCGAAUGCCGCUGGCAGCAGCUGUAGGGCAGGUGGAAAUGCGGGUGGGGGAAUAGUAGGAAAUGGGAGUGGAAAGGGGUCAGGAAGCAGUGGGUUGAACUCGGCCCCGUCCGCGGGCGGAAAACACGGUGUGGAGCACAACUUCGAGCGGGAGGAUAGAGACAAAGACAGCGGUAACGAGAAGGAUGCCAAUGGAGCCCUGCAGCAAUGCAUCACGGAGCUGGCGGCGUCAAUCAAACCACAGCCACUGGAGGGCGUUGAGGCGGAGCGGGAGUCAUCCGCGAGGCUGCCGUUACGCAAGUCCACAUCGCAGUACAUAACUGUCAUUCAGGUCAAGGAGGCCAAAGACAAAGAGGGCGAUGAGGCAACCAUGUCUUCAGCCAACGACCAGCAGCAGCAACAGCAGCCGACACCACCAUCUACAUUUUCCCGCUAUGCGGGAGGAGGAGCUGGACUGGGCGCAGAGCCCUCGGCUCCGCCCCUGUCGCCAUCAUCGACUUCGUAUGCGGGUCAUGUGGAAGCCAAGAAGAAAAUGCCACCCAGACCUCCUCCAAAGAAUAUUCGACGCGUAGAGCCGCCCAUCAUUCCCAGCCAGCAGUAUCACCAGCUGUCGUCGUCGCCGAAGCAGGAGACGCCGGCAUAUGUGGGUAGCACCAUCGCCCCGCCCAGCAGCUCUGGCGGCAGUCUCUCCUCGGACAGUCCGGGCAACUCACUGGAGCGCAACAUCAAACCCUCGGACAUCCUCAGGAAGAAGUCGUCGGAGAACCUGGACGCCAAGUACGUGACCAACAGGAAGACCACGCCGGAGCUGGGGAAGUUCGUCACCAACCCGGAGCUGAUGGAGGAGCUGGGCCGUAAAAUGGUUGGCAAGAUGGACAGCCUGGAGCAUGCCAAGCGUAGUGAGGCAUCUUUUGGCUCCGUCAGCGGUGGAUGUAGCAGCCUUGGGCGUACCUCGUCCACGCCAGGAAGAACUCUAAAUCCGGGACGCACUGGAGCGGGAACAGUAGGCGCGUCGCCGACACGCAGCCUAAACCAAAUGGCGAAACUGGCGGUGGCCGACAGCAGCUCCACGAGCAGCCUCGAGAAGAAGUCGCGCAGCUCCCUGCAGGCCAGCGACGGAGGAGGAGCGAAUCAAUGCAGUGUUGGCUCUAAGGAAUCACUAACAUCACAAGGCAUAUCGGAAGUUAUCAAGAGCUAUGAGAGCGUGUCCUCGCUGAGCUCGGAGAGUGCCAAGGCGCCGGCGCCGGGGGCCCAUCAGUCGCCGGCGGACCACGAACCAUACUAUGACAGCGUUCCACUAGAUAAUGGCGACGGAGAGUACGUUUUCAUCAAGCCCGGUCGCACCGGGUCCUCGUCGAGUCGUGACGACCUGUCUACGCCUGGCAGCAGCACCUUGCCCAUGGCCCAGGUCUUGAGCAGUCAGACGAGUGUGGUGGAUCCCGAAUCUCCUGGUCGUACCUCCAACUAUGUGAACAUCGAUUACUUUCUUCAACAGAGCAAUGAAACCCGCUCCAGUUCACUGGACAGCGAUGGCGAGUACGAGGGGCCGCCCAUACUACGCACCAUUUCACACGACGAGCAGCCCACAUCACAAACCACGCCAGGUGCACUGCGCAAGAACUUAGUUUCAGCGAUACUCGUGUGUGGGAAUGUGCGGGGUGCAAAGAUUCGAUCCAUCUUGAGCUCAAUCAUACACAGCGAGACGAUCUACGUGGAGUGCCUCAACAAGAUGAUGCAGUAUAAGAAGGCGAUCCAUGCGACGCUGGGUACAUCACAGCCUGUGAUUAAAGAGGAGGAGGAAAACACGAUUUUUUUCAAGAUCGAUGAGCUUUACGAUGUGCACACCGCCUUCCUUGGCGACUUGAAGACUAUUGUGUCCCAUGAGGGCGGCGAUGUGCUGAUUGGGGAGGCCUUCAAGCGGCUAGCGGACAUGUUCGAGCUGUACAGCGCUUUCCUGCACAACUACGGCCAGGCCAUUGAAACUGUGAAGAAGUGUAGCGCCAGCAACCCGCAAUUCAAGAAGAUCGUCUCGACGAUCGUCGUAAACCUGCAGACGGAGCAGUCGCUUACGCUGGAGGAUCUGCUGCACAAGCCGGUAGCCAGGGUGCAGAUUAACGCUAUGGUCUUCAACGAUCUGCUGCGCGAGACGGCAGCCAACCAUCCGGACCACCAGCCGCUGCGGCAGGCCCAAAAGAUCAUACAGAUGUUCCUCAACCAGUUCAACGUCUGCCAGCGGCUGCCUACGGAGUCAAACCGCAACCUGAGGCGCAUGGUUCGCAACUCCUUCAUCGUGGAGUUGGUGGACGGUCAUCGCAAGCUGCGGCAUCUUUUCCUCUUCAAUGACGUGAUCGCGUGCGCCAAGUACAAGGCCCUGGGUAGGGAUCGCAUUGACUACGAGCUCAAGUGGUUCAUACCACUCAAGGAUAUCACCGUAUACGAGGAGGCGGACAGCGCGGCGGAACUCAAGGAAUCUAGUCCCGCGAACAUUUCGCAAGUAAAGCGCAACCUGCGCUCGGUGCGCGACCAGCUCAUCCUGGAGGCCAAUGGAGUGCGCACCGGCGACAAGUACCGACGCAAGCUGGCCGAUCUUGAGUCGCAGCUGGUGCUGGCCACGCCCAAUCUGGUUCUGCGCCUGGGGAACAAGGCCAACAAUAAGACUGUUACCUUCUUCCUCAGCUCGGACUUUGAGCGGACGCAGUGGAUGGACUCGAUCACUUCGCUCAAGCAAAAGUGCAAUCUGCCCGGAGCCAAUACCAUCAACUCGCUGGAGGUCACCGCCUUCAUUGUUGCAAUGCAGAAGGGCAUGAAAACUGAAAUGGGUUCGUAUCUGAUGCGCAACACCAACGACGAAAGCCUUCUCGUCGGCGACCUUCACAUGACCGUCCAGGGCCUGGGCGGGCUCGAGCAGCCGGCGGAUCUUUAUAUUUGCGUCGAGGUGGAUUCGUAUGGGCACUACUUCCGCAAGGCCACAACCAAGUUGAUCUGCCGCAGCCAGACGCCGCUGUGGAAUGAGAGCUUUAUGUUGGAGCUGGAGGGCAGCCAGAAUGUACGCAUCCUGCUGUACGAGGCGAAAGACCGGCCUCUGCUGAGAGCCAAACACAUACUGAAGUUGAGCCACAACUGGCUCAAGGAGACAACCCAGAUACGCACAAUCAAGUUAAGCGAGACCCUGGAACUGACCUGCAGCUUCCGUUUCGUGCCCGGUGAGCUGUGCCGUGCCACCACGAAGCCAGGCGCCCUCUUUGGAGCCAAAAUGAGUCAAGUAUUAAAACGCGAGAAACGCGACAUUCCGUUCAUCAUCAGUGCCUGCAUACGGGAGGUGGAGCGACGUGGAAUGUUGGAGGUGGGCUGUUAUCGCGUCAGCGGCUCUGCUUCGGAUCUGUCCAAGCUGAAGAAGGCCUUUGAGUCGGAUGCCUAUGAGGCGGAGCAGCUGCUGCGCGAGGUGGACAUCCACUCGGUGACAGGCAUUCUGAAGACAUUCCUGCGCGAACUCCCCGAAGCCUUGUUCACGGAUCAGCUUUAUCCGCGUUUCUUUGACACAUUCAGCACACUGAGCAACAACAACGAGUCUACACGCAUCAACGAGUUGCUAAAGGUGUUUGAGGAGCUGCCGCAGGCCAACAAGGCAUCGAUCUCUCUGAUCCUGGAUCAUCUGAUAAGAGUCCACGAAAAGGAGGCCGAUAACAAAAUGUCCCUGCACAAUCUGGCCAUGGUCUUUGGGCCCACCCUUAUAAGGCCGGGACAAACGCAGGUGAAGCAGAAGGAUCCCUUGGCGGCCAGCACUGUGGAUGUGAUGGCUCAGGCCGGGAUACUCUAUUGCUUUCUGCAGGCGCGCAUUAAGAAUUAGAACUAGGCAGGGACCCGACAUACAAAGGAUUGGAGUGGAUGAUAUAUAUAUAGCUUUUUAGCACGCUUUUUUAUAUAGCAGUAGCAAGCGUGCAUGAAACACUUGUCGAAAUCACACGCCAAGCCCUGUCCCCACACCCCAAUCCAUCCCAGAAACACAUGAAAAUGCGCUGCUAAUUGUAUAUAACCGGAUAAAAGGAAUCGGUAGCGGAAGCUGUCAAAGUAUUUACGGAUUUCAAAAAGAGAAACUUACUAAUGAAUGAACAAAUUUA